UGGCGUAUUGUUCAUUCGGUGUUAGGUGUAACUACUGCAACGCACUCGAUCGCUGGGGUAAACAACAGUCAUAAAUUGGCACCUUUCUGUGCCGGACUCGGAGGUGCACAUGCAGGCAGAGCAAUGGAGGCUCGUAACUACGACAAGGUCGUCAACAGGGAUGAGAUCACGGACGCCACCGCGUCCGCGUUCGCCGACGGCGGCCAGAUCCCGGAGAAGUACAUCCGGACCGAGGAGGUCCUCGACGGCGUCGUCGUCGGCGACGAUGAGAGCUACGAGCUGCCGGUCGUCGACAUGGCCAGGCUUCUUGAUCCGGAGUCGUCGGCGCUGGAGAUUGCGAAGCUCGGCGACGCUUGCAGGAACUGGGGGUUCUUCCAGCUGACAAACCAUGGAGCUGACGAAGGAGUGGUGCAGCGGAUGAAGGACAGUACUGUGCAGUUCUUCAGCACGCCGCUGGAGAGCAAGAAGAAAGUGGCAGUCCGAGAGAAAGGCUUCGAGGGAUUCGGGCACCACUACAGCAGAGCAUCGAGUGGCCACAAGUUGGACUGGGCAGAGAGCGUGAUCCUCAUCACGCAGCCACCCCAAGAUAGGAAGAUGGAGAUGUGGCCUACGAACCCACCCACAUUCAGGGAGGCGCUUGAGGUUUACUCGGUGGAGAUGAUCGGUCUCGCGGAGAGGCUCCUGGGUUUCAUGGCGGCCGACCUCGGGGUGGAGCGGGCGGCGCUCCUCGACGCCUUCACCGGGCGGCGGCAGAGCAUGGCGAUCCACUACUACCCUCCCUGCCGCCACCGGGAGAAGGUGAUGGGCAUCACGCCGCACACCGACGGGCUGGGCCUGACGCUGCUGCUGCACGUGGAUGACACCCCCGGCCUACAGAUCAGGAAGGGCGGGCGGUGGUUCCCGGUGCGGCCGCUGCCGGGCGCCUUCGUCGUCAACGUCGCCGACAUCCUCGAGGUCCUCAGCAACGGCGCGUACAGGAGCGUCGAGCACCGGGUGAUCCCGGACGCCGAGAGGGCGCGCACCACCGUCGUGAUAUUCCAGGAGGCGGCCGUCGGGGGGAUGGUGGCGCCGCUGUCGGGGCUGGUGGCGGAGGGCGGCGGCGAGGCGCGCUACAAGUCCAUCGAGGUCGAGGAGUACAUCAAGGGGAACUUCAACGCGCUGAUGGAAGGGACACGGUUCAUCGACAGCCUCAGGAUCUAGAGAGUCUGUGAUCUGCCACGCGAUGUAUACGCGGCCAAGCCGUGAAAUUGAAACAGAGAGCCGCUUGCUUCUGUCCUGUAACCGGUUCAAUUAAUGUACUCUUGGAAGAUUAAAUUAAAUAAAAUCCAGAUUGCAGAGUAAUAGAAAACCAUUGUUUUCAGGA